CCUCAGGACAGGACAGCGGUAGGGACAGAGGGACAUUGACAAGGAGGUCCCCUCCUGUCAAAAUGCCCAUCCUGAAGAGUCUAGGGGUGGCAGACUCUAAGGUGCCCCGGGCAGGGACACUGCCCCUUAGGUCCUCUCGGAACCCCUUUGAGGAAGUUUCAGGGCUGGAAGAAGAGGAGGCUGGGGAGCUGGGAACCCUCCCCAACGGAACAUCAUGUCACCGCCGCGCCACCCUGGAGAAGCUGGCAGGCCUGGCCACCUUCCGGCUGGGCAGAGCCCCCGGCCGGCGGGCGGGCAGCCCUGGGGAUGGGCAGCUUCGCUCUUUCCUGGGCCGUGUGCUGACACCGGGGAUCCGCAGGAGCUCAGCAGAUUUCGGCUUCCUGGCCAGGCUUCAGGGAACCCGAGCCCAGGGCGACGAGCAGGCGGCUGGGGAGGCUGCGCGGAGGCUGGCCUUCCUGAGACUGGGGCGUGGGCCCAAGCCCCAGCCCCGGCGGGCAUCACUGGCCGAGAGGGUGGUGCCCGCAGGUGAGGCGGCUCCCGAGCCCCCGCCCAAGGUCCCGGAGCCCCCAAAGAUGAAGGAGCCUUUGUCAGUGCUGGAGAUCCUAAGCUUGAUCCAGCAGCGCGAGCUCGCGCGGGCCGACGAGCACAUCUUGGAGCUGGAGGCCGAAGAGCUGGCGUCGUCGGGGGGCAGCGCGCCCGGGCCGCCCAAGGCCGAGGGCGCGGGCGGGGGCCGCCGGGCGCGGGACGUGGCUCUGCUGUACGAGGCCCUGCAGCGCGAGCUGUGGGCGCUGGUGCGCGAGACGCUGGCGGGCCCCGGGCUGGGCGCGGGCGCCGUGGCGCAGCUGGGCCAGGUGCUGGUGCAGGAGGAGGCGGCCGACGGGCGCCGGGGACCCGAGGCGGCCCGCAAGCUGCGCGCCCGCUGGGCAGAGGCUGUGGCGCGUGCGGCCCGGGAGCGCCUGGAGGCGGCGGCGCCGGGGGCGACCGGGGGCCUGGCCGGGCAGCUGGAGGCGCUGCGGGGGCGGCUGCUGGAGGACCUGGGCGUGGUGCGGGGCCGCCUGGCGCCCUCCUACCCCGCCGGCCUGGGCGCCUUCGGCGUCUACCUGCGCGGCUACCACGGCGCGCUGGCCGAGUGGAUCGGGGUCGCCGCCCGCCGGAGGCUGCCGCUGGCCGACCGCUACGCGCUGCUGCACUGGCAUAACCAGGUGUACCCCAGAGAGGUCCUAGGUCUGGUGGACAUGGUCGCCCUGGAGAACGGGGAGCUGGGGCCCCUUCUGUCCCCCGGCACCCUUCGUGGCUUGGAGGAUGAAUGUGUCACAGACGUUAAGGCUCAGACGCGGGCAGCCCUGCUUCGAGUGCUGCAGGAGGACGAGGAGCACUGGGCGAGCACGGAGGACUGGUCCAGCGGCCUGGCCCAGGACGUGUGUGAGGUAGGGGCAGGGAAGAGGAAGGAGAAUCAGCCGGACUGUGGCCGAUGGGAAAGGGGGACCUCGCUCCCUCCUCAUCCCUUCUCAUCCCCCUGGACCACGCAGCUGCUGGAAGAGCACACAGAGCGAGCGCCUCGCAUCAGCCAGGAGUUUGGGGAGCGGAUGGCCUACUGCUGUUUGGGGGGGCUGGCAGAGUUCCUGCAGAGCUUCCAGCAGCGCGUGGAACGAUUCCAUGAGAACCCAGGAGUCCGGGAGCUGCUACCCGACACCUAUAUCAGCAGGACCAUCUCCCUGGUCAAUUGUGGCCCCCCCCUGAGGGCCCUGGCGGAGCGCCUGGCCCGGGUGGGGCCCCCCGAGAGCGAGCCGGCCCGGGAAGCAGCGGCCAGUGCUCUGGAGCGUGUGACCCGACUCUGCCACCGCAUCCUGACCAACCUGCUGUUCCAGGAGCUGCAGCCGCACUUCAGCAAGCUGAUGCGCAGGAAGUGGCUGAGCAGCUCGGAGGCCCUGGAUGGCAUCGUGGGCACGCUGGGCGCUAAGGCCCUGGCACUGCGCAGGAUGCAGGAUGAGCCUUACCAGGCGCUGGUGGCCGAGCUGCACCGGCGGGCGCUGGUGGAAUACGUGCGGCCCCUGUUCCGCGGGCGCCUGAGCUGUGGCUCCGCGCGGACCCGCAACCGCGUGGCCGGGAGGCUCCGGGAGGACGCGGCGCAGCUGCAGAGGCUGUUCCGACGGCUGGAGUCCCAGGCCUCGUGGCUGGACGCCGUGGUGCCCCGUUUGGCCGAAGUUCUGCAUCUGGAAGACACGCCCAGCAUCCAGAUGGAGGUGGGGAUGCUGGUGAGGGACUACCCAGACAUCAGGCGGAAGCAUGUGGCAGCCCUCCUGGACAUCCGUGGCCUGCGCCACACAGCCACCCGCCACGAGAUCCUGGCAGUGGCCCGGGACCUGGAGCUCUCUGAGGGGGGAGCCCUGUCACCGCCCCGGGACCGUGCCUUCUUCGCAGACAUCCCCGUGCCCCGGCCGCCUUUCUGCCUCAGCCUCCCUCUCUUCCUGGGCCGCCUCCCCCUCUCCCGGCUGGCCUGCCUGCCCCGACGUCGGCCUGGGUCUCCAUCUCCAUCACGGCCCCGGGCCCAAUGCUGAGACUCUCCCAGCUCUGCCUCAGGGCCCGCCAUCUCUGCUGCUGACAGACCGUCCUCCCGAGUCCCUGCCUGGGACCACAGACCCCUGGGCCCGAGAGAUCCUUAGAGGUCGCCUCACCUACCCCCAGACUCCCCGUACAGGAGAGCAGCCACCAGAAGGAGCAAGGACUUUCCCAAGGCCACGGAACCUGAUCCCAGCACCACCUCCCCAGCUCAGUGUGUGCUGGGUGCUGUUUUCGAAGGCUCUACAGAAAUAUCCCGGCCCCCCACCCCCCUUCCCCUCACCUCAAGGUCUGGCCCCAAUCCAAUGUAUUAAGGAACGUACGAUACUUAGAAUAAAGAGGUUUCUAUUUAACACAAGGAAGGGCUGAGUCCCCAGUGUGUGGGGGGAGGAAGGACCGGGGGCAGGGCCCGGGGCCAAGGGCUUCUCACACGCCCAAGGCCGGGCUAGCGUCCAACUCUUGGGCAGUGCAGUGGAGGCUGAGGGAGGCCCUGCAAGGCAGGAGCAGCUGGGCACCCGUUUACGCCAAGUCCCCAGCGCUGUAUGACUCCACAGCAGGCCCUUGGCCUCUCUGAGCCAAUGUCCCUAAUUUUGUCAACCCCAGAGUGCCUUCUUUCUUGGGCCUGGUGGUUCCACCUUGGCAUGCCCCUCCCCCAUUCUCAGCCGGGAAGCUGUAUCAAGAGAGGAAGGAGGUUGGGGGCAGGGCUGGCGGCAUCCAGGGCGCCCUCCUGGGUUGACGCAGGAAAAUCUCAGGGUGGGAAAACUUCCAGCCUCUCACCCUCAGCCCUGCCGGAUCCUGGUCCCCACGGAGACCUGGAGGUCACCUCCUUGCUGACCCCUGCCCCUCCGGCCCAGUUUGACAGCCUGUGAUGGAUGUUUCCUGGCGUGGCUUCUUUUUUCUUUUUUUUUCCUGCAACGUCGGAAGGAGGAGGCAGCCAGGGGUCAGCGUGGAGGCUGGGGUUGGAACCGCACGCACAUUUGAACUCACGUUUGAAGGUGGGGACUCAGGACUCUUGAAGCCCCAGGGCUGUGUGACACUGGGCAGGAAGCUGACCCUCUCUGGGCUGUGGUUCCUGUCCCUCUCUAGGAAUUGCUUAAGCUCUCUUUGCCCGGGACAAGGUGAGAUGUCCAGAGGAUAUAUGCACCUCACUUCACGUCCUAAAAUGACACUUUUAAUGUCAUUGAUAUACAAGAGAGGCGUUGAGGAAUGACCAGGUUGCAGUUUGCAGGCAUAUAAUUAAAGAUGUACUCAUCUCAGUUUGGCAGGGUUCUUUUCUGAUUUUGGUGCCCCGCUUAAAAAUGGCUGUUUUUGAAAUAUAAUUUACACAGCAGACAAUUCAUCCAUUUAAAGUGCACAAUUCUGUGUAAUCACCCCUAUAGUCAACUUGAGAAAAUUUUCAUCACCCCUUCCCCAAGAAACCCUGCACCCCUUAACCAUCAACGCAACCCCUCUAUCCCUCUCAGGCUCUGGUGACCGCUGGUCUGCUUUUUCUCUGUAUAGAUUUGCCUG